GAAGGGGACGUGGUAACGUUAUGAGAUGGACGGUCCAGAUUUCUUCGUCCAGAUAGAGUAGUGCUGAGUCACUCCAUUCAACAGCUCUUCUUCUUCUUCUUCUUCUUCGCUUUCAUCUGCCCGUCCCGGCUCGGUCAGCUGCCCGACACAAUAAAAAGUGGAAGAAAAAUGGAACAUGAGCGUCCAUUGAAGCGCCAUCCUCUGUUAUAAAGCUUUUCCCUCUUAGCUUGUGCACGCUUCUCUCUCUCUCUCUCUCUCUCUCUCUCUCUCUCUCUCAAACAUUUUAGAGGAAGUUAUGGAGCGUCAAUGUUGAUCAAACCGGAUCAACGCAUGGCGGAGAUUUGUUGCGGCGUCCUGAGUGAGAAUGAAGCGGCGGCGGCGACGGUGACGCAGCCGUCGAAGUCUAGGCGCGAACGGAGCUCUUCGAGGGCGGCGCGGCGACGAAGGAUGGAGAUCCGGAGGAUUAAGUUUGUCUCGAGCAUGCCUUCGUCGGAGCAUACGGCGGGGCAAGACGACGGCGAACAGAAGCGGCGGAGACGAGAUGUUGCCACCACCGCAGCCGUGUUGUGUCGGGUUUGUGAGGAGGAGAAGUGCGAUCACUUGGAGUCGGCGAAGAAUGGGAGGACGGCGUCUGAAACGGCGAAGGAGGUGGUCGUUCUGUGCGAGUCUCUGAGCCCUAAAAUUUUCGCAUUACCGGAUCCGGAGGCGUACCUCAAAUGCGGCGUCGUUUCGGUUUGCGGGAAAAGACAGGAUAUGGAAGACGCCGUCGCCGUACAUCCGUUCUUCUUACAUCCUCGAACGGAAUAUUCCACCGCUGGAUACCAUUACUGCGGCGUCUACGAUGGCCAUGGCUGCUCUCACGUGGCGAUGAGGUGUAGAGAUAGGCUGCACGAGUUGGUUCGGGAGGAGCUUGAUGAGAUGGACGGGGACUGGGAAGGGGCGAUGGAGCGUAGCUUCACGCGCAUGGACAAGGAGGUGGUCGCGUGGAACGAGGGCGAGGCUGUCACCGCGAACUGCCGGUGCGAGCUCCAGACGCCGGACUGCGACGCCGUCGGCUCCACCGCCGUCGUAGCCGUCGUUACGCCGGACAAGAUCAUCGUCGCUAACUGCGGCGACUCCCGCGCUGUCCUUUGCCGUAGCGGGAAAUCCAUCCCCUUGUCUUCCGACCACAAGGUGAAACGAUGGUUAAGAGCGUGGAAUAAAUCCAUUAGGAAUUCAAAGUCUAAAACUUUAGCCACCUUUUGUGCACAUUUUGUAACUCUGCUGGCUCUGUUGGCGCAUAUGAACAGCCGGAUCGGCCGGAUGAGCUCGACCGGAUCCAGGCCGCAGGUGGCCGAGUCAUCUACUGGGACGGACCACGUGUACUUGGAGUCCUUGCAAUGUCACGAGCCAUUGGCGACAAUUACUUGAAGCCGUACGUGACGUGCAAACCAGAGGUGACGGUCACUGAACGGGCAGAUGACGAUGACUGCCUUAUACUAGCGAGCGACGGCUUGUGGGACGUGGUGUCGAACGAAACGGCAUGCGGGGUGGCUCGGAUGUGCCUGAGAGGGAAACCUGGAGGUGGUGGUGUGGCUCAGCCACCGAACCACAACGAGAACCAGGUGAUGGGAGGUGGAGGUGGUGGUAGUGAUGAGGUAUCGGACAAGGCGUGUACGGACGCGUCAAUAUUGCUGAUGAAACUUGCAUUGGCAAGACACAGCUCGGACAAUGUCAGUGUCGUUGUCGUUGAUCUUCGUCGAGACACGUAAUGGGGGUGGCUUUCUUUGUCGGUGGAUCCAUGGAUCUAUGGACGGAUUCCCUUUUUCUUUUUUAUUUUUAAAUUUAACUAUGGGUUUUUGCCCUUCUGAACGAAGAGGAGGGUUAAGCGCUAGGGAGUGACUAGAGUAGGUUUUAGAGGGGAAAAAAAAGAUUUUUCAAGCCGGGUCGAAUUUCACCGGGAACGAGUGAACUCGGGGGGGAGUCGAGCGAGUUUACCGUUGUACCCUUGCUUGUGAAUCUAUAUGUAUAUAUAUGUGUGUGGGUGGGUUAUAUGUCUUUAAUGAAUGGACGAAUGUGACCGGCCUGAAGUACGUUGGAUCAGACGCGUGUGGUUCACACUCGGUGUUAGAUUCUUCCUAUCACGUGUUCCAAAACGUGUCUUUUUGGUGUCCCUUUUAUUACAUUUGCUCUCUUAACGAAUUAUUGUAUUUUAUUGAUCCUAAAAUGACUCCAACUAUUUA